UCGGUGCCUGGAUCUCCUCGUUCCAUCUCAUCACCGAGAUCACCAAAAUCACCAAGACACAGAGGUCCAGAGACAUCUACAGCUCAGAAACAAGAAUAUGAAGAAAAACUGUCGACAGAUCGAUCGAAUCGCUUCGAUUUCCUCCUGCAACAGACCGAGAUAUUUUCUCACUUUAUGGGCGACAGUUCCACAACUACGUCCAGUCCUCUUAAGAUCAAGCCAACUGGAAGACCAAGGAAAGCUCCCGAUGAGAAACAGAAACUAGCAGCAAUCGGAGACCAUCGACAUCGCAGAACAGAGGAAGAAGAAGAUGAGGAGUUACUUACGGAGGCGAAGAAGUCCACCACUGUUGUAACGCGAUUCGACAAUAAUCCGCCAUAUGUGAAGAAUGGGGAAAUGAGAGAUUACCAAGUUCGUGGUCUCAACUGGAUGAUCUCACUGUAUGAACAUGGCAUCAAUGGAAUCUUGGCAGAUGAAAUGGGCCUCGGCAAGACACUGCAGACGAUCUCCCUUCUCGGCUACAUGAAGAACUAUCGCAACGUGCCCGGCCCUCAUCUCAUCAUCGUGCCCAAGUCCACGCUGCAGAAUUGGAUGAAUGAGUGUAAGCGAUGGGUGCCCACCCUCAGAGCUGUUUGCCUCAUCGGUGACCAGGAGAAGCGGUCGACGUUUAUCCGUGACGUGAUGAUGCCGGGGGAGUGGGACGUGUGUGUCACCUCGUACGAGAUGGUCAUCCGCGAAAAGUCUGUCUUCAAAAAAUUCCACUGGCGUUAUCUGGUCAUUGACGAAGCACAUAGAAUCAAGAACGAGCAGUCAAAGCUGUCAGAGAUCGUGCGUGAGUUCAAGUCGACCAACAGGCUGCUGCUGACGGGCACACCGCUACAGAACAACCUGCAUGAACUGUGGGCACUGCUUAACUUCCUGCUCCCUGAUGUCUUCAACUCGGCAGAUGAUUUUGACUCUUGGUUCAACAGCAACACCGUGACCAUGCAUGGUGAUACGAAGCUGGUGGAACGACUCCAUGCUGUUCUCAGACCUUUCCUCCUGCGUCGACUAAAAUCUGACGUUGAGAAAAAACUGCUGCCCAAGAAAGAGACAAAGAUAUACAUUGGUCUUAGCAAGAUGCAGAGAGAUUGGUACACUAAAAUUCUGAUGAAGGACAUUGACAUUGUGAAUGGAGCUGGCAAGACAGACAAGCUUCGUCUGCUUAACAUCCUCAUGCAGCUGCGCAAGUGCGCCAACCAUCCUUACCUGUUCGAUGGAGCCGAGCCAGGUCCGCCUUACACCACUGACAUGCACCUCGUGACGAACGGCGGCAAGAUGGUGAUUCUCGACAAGCUGCUGCAAAGGCUGAAGGUGCGCGGCUCACGAGUGCUCAUCUUCAGCCAGAUGACACGCAUGCUCGACAUCCUGGAAGACUACUGCGCGUGGCGCGGCUACGACUACUGCCGCCUCGACGGCUCCACCGCGCACGAGGACAGGCAGAAUUCCAUAGACGAGUUCAACAGACCUGGCAGUGAGAAGUUUGUAUUCAUGCUGAGCACGAGAGCUGGCGGGCUCGGUAUCAACUUGGCAACAGCCGACUCUGUCAUCAUGUAUGACUCGGACUGGAAUCCUCAAGUGGACCUUCAAGCCGUGGAUCGCGCCCACCGCAUCGGUCAGAUGAAGCAGGUGUGUGUGUUCCGCUUCGUUGUGGAGAAUACCGUUGAGGAGCGCAUCAUCGAGAGAGCCGAAGUCAAACUGAGACUGGAUCACAUUGUCAUCCAACAGGGUCGUCUCGUUGAUUCGAACACGAAGUUGGGCAAAGAUGAAGUGCUGAACAUGAUCCGUCACGGUGCUCAGCACGUCUUCGCAUCCAGGGACAGCGAAAUCACGGAAGAAGACAUCGAAUCAAUCCUCUCUAAAGGGCAAACGAAGACUGCAGAACUUGCAAAGAGGAUGGAAACGCUGGGAGAAGGUUCUUUACGCAACUUCACACUUGACAUGCCAGAGAGCAGUGUCUACCAAUUUGAAGGGGAGGACUAUAAAGAGAAGCAAAAGCUGUCGGGGAUCGAGAAUUGGAUAGAGCCACCAAAACGUGAACGCAAGGCCAACUAUGCAGUCGACGCGUACUUCCGUGAUGCUCUGCGUGUCAACGAACCAAAGGCGCCAAAGGCCCCUCGUCCACCGAAGCAGCCGAAUGUACAGGAUUACCAGUUCUUCCCACCCAGACUGUUUGAACUUCUGGACAAGGAAAUAUACUGGUUUAGAAAGAGCAUCGGAUAUAGGGUUCCGAGAAACCCGGACAUGGGCUCUGACGCACCUCGCGUGCAGAAGGAAGAGCAGAAAAGGAUUGACGAAGCCGAACCACUGACUGAGGAGGAGAUUGCAGAGAAGGAGAGUCUGCUGAACGAGGGAUUUACGUCAUGGUCCAAGAGAGAUUUCAAUCAGUUCAUUAAAGCAAACGAGAAAUACGGCAGAGACGAUAUGGAGAACAUUGCGAAGGAGGUUGAAGGCAAGACACCUGAUGAGGUGAUGGAGUAUGCAGCCGUGUUCUGGGACCGCUGCAAUGAGCUCACUGACAUAGAGCGCAUCAUGGCGCAGAUCGAGAGAGGAGAGGCGAAGAUACAGCGGCGAAUCGGUAUCAAGAAAGCUCUUGAUGCAAAGAUGGCACGCUACCGGGCACCGUUUCACCAACUGCGCAUCCAGUACGGCACGAACAAGGGCAAGAACUACACAGAGGACGAGGACCGCUUUCUCGUCUGCAUGCUACACAAGCUCGGCUUUGACAAGGAGAACGUCUACGAUGAGCUUCGCACGUCGGUGCGCCAGGCACCUCAGUUCCGCUUCGAUUGGUUCAUCAAGUCUCGGACGGCGAUGGAACUACAGAGAAGGUGCAAUACCCUGAUCACCCUUAUUGAGCGAGAGAACCAGGAGAUAGAGGAGAAAGAGAAGGCCGAGAGAAGAAAGCGCGGAGGAAAAGGUGGAACGCCUAAAGGCACCCCCAAGAAACGCAAAGCAGAUACCGGAGCUGAAAGUGGAAGAAAGAAGAAGAAGUAAAUAAUACCUUCCUACGUUAAUGCAAAAAGCAGAUGUAACUCUCCAACUCUACCAAAGUUAUAAUCUGAUGUAUUUGCACUGUAAAUUACAAUUUAUUUAGUUACUGGUUGCUUUCCAAGCUGUUGUACAUGUUUGGACAGAGAUGUACAUGUGUGCGUGUGCAUAUGUUUGUGUAUAAUGCUUGUACAUGACAUGCUUUUCGAUAAUGGAAGCGUUUCUUUUAAUUUGUGCUGCAUGGUCAGAAAUCUAUCAGCUGAAAUUUAAGAGGAUUCACAAUUAGUUCUGUGAUCGUGCUUUGACCUUGAGGGAUUUUCAGGUUACCGUAAAUGCACAGCAAGCACAAAAGCAGUCGUGUAUAUUUUGAUAUCGAAUUCAGUUUCAUCUGGAGUAAACCAAAACGGUUUACAUUAAUCAGAUUGGUAAUAUAUGUCACUUCACAAUGUUCCACUUCAUUGUAGGUGAUGGGUAACUACAAGCAGAUGUCUAAUUCGCUAUGUGUAUGUUACUGUAUCAUAUAAAUGUGUAUGCACUGGUAGAACAAAGGGAUACAUAUGAGGUAGCAACAACAAAACUGAGCUAAUAUACAUCUUUACAGUGUUUGCAUUUGUCUUGCAGUAAUGUUGAUAACAGAGUGGUCCAGUUGAUCUGGUGUGCUGGCCAAGUGGGAGUAUAAUUAUGCCGGUGUAGUGAUCUUCCUGUGUGAUGCUUCUUACACUACAAUAGCACACGUCGAUCAAGCAGCAAACGUUUUACUUUGUGUAUAUUUAUUGCGUUUGUCAGUGGCCUCAUUAACGGCCCAUCCUUGCCUCUUAUUCAGUGUCGGGAAUAAAUUUUGUAAUAAUAAAAUUA